AUGUCCGCCCUCCCCUCCCGAGGGGCUCGACAUCUCCGACGCCUCUCCCACCGCCCCUUCUCCACAACAUCUUCUCUCCUCGACGACACCACCACCACCUCCCCGUCCUCCACCCCUCCCCUCCUGGACCUCGCCCAACAACUAGCCUCCAACGACCCCAGCGCAACCGCCGAGUUCCUCAAACUCCAACACGACGAACAAACUCUCAAAACCACCCGCUCCCUCGCCCGCCUCUCCACAACCCUCACAAAACUCUCCAUCGGCCUCCAAUCCCUCACCGAAUCCCUCUCCACCAUCCGCCCUCCCCCGUCCGCUGCCAAACCAACCCGUCAGAAACCAGACGCCAUCCCUUUCUUCAUCGUACAACCAUGGCGCAAAGAGAAUCCCCGCGUGAAAGAUUGGACCUCCAGCCAUGUGGAGGUGGUGGAACGACUACGACUCCACCUGCAAGAUCUCGUAGCUGAGCCGUUCCCCGCGGACAUCAAACCGGGACCGGUGGCGGAGAUACGGAGGAGUAUGAAGGACGCGGAGGAAGAGGAGCAAGAGCGGAGACUGAGGAAUGUGAAAUUGCUGCUCAAGGGGGAGAGGGUGAGGGCGGAGACGAGGGUGGAGGAAUUGGUGAGGAAGGUGGAGGAGAUGAAGCGGAAUGAGGAGACGAGGAGGGAGAUGCUGGGGCAGGCGGAGGUGGAGAAGAGGAGGUUGAGGGAGGUGGAGAGGGUGGGGUUGCCGGAGGGUGUUGGGGGUGGGAAGGGGAAGCAGGCGGAGGGACAAGGCGAGGGGGAGAGAGAGCUGACGGGGAACAGUAGGACGCAUAAGAGGAGGUUGACGCGGCAAAGAUCUAGUAGACGGAAGGGGUUGGAUAAGGGCGAUGGUGGUGUUGAAGGAGCGAUACCGGAGGCGAAGGUGAAUGAGGACGGAACUGUGAGCUUCUCACCAUUGGCUAGUGGAAGCGAGGCAGUGGUAGGUUGGGGCGCCACUGCACCGAAACUGGCGAAAGUCACCGAGUCGGAUGGUAGAGAAGCGAACCCAUUCAAGGACAACCAGAGAGACGCCUCGGAGCAAAAGGACGCAGGUACGGUUGAGGUUCCAAAGAAAUGGUUCACUGGCUUUGGCUUUGGACGGAAGAAGGCCGAGGAGGAGACGAAACAGGAGGCUGCACCUGAAGCGGCGAAAGAGAAGCCGAGCGAGAACACGGACCCGAAGGCUGGGGACACGAAAAAGGAAGCUGCACCUGAAGCGGCGAAAGACAAGCGAAAUGGGAACACGGACUCGAAGGCUUCGUUGUUUGCAUUGCAGGCGGCGCUGGAGAAGGGAAAAUCCGGGCCGUUGGGUGGGAGUUGA